CGGUAGAGUCGAGCGGGCUCUCUCCUGUCCCACUUUAAUGCCGCGCCCGUAAUCCCGAGGCUUCCCCCACCUUAACGCCACCACACCUCCUCCCCGUCUGCGGCUGCCUGCCACAUUCCCCUCUGUCCUCCUCCUCCCCCAAGCUCCAAGCAAAUCUCGCCUCCCCUGCCUCGCGUAACGCUCGGCUCCACCCCAGAUCGGCGCGGCGGCGCCGCUUGAUGCCCGAUCUGUGAGAGGGACCCCACCAUGAGAGCCUUUCGGCUAGUCGCGCUGCUCCUGGCCGCCUGCGCGGCGGUGGCGUGGGCGCAAGCGGCGGGAGGCGGCAACUCCACCGCGUUCGUGCCGCGAGACGACAUCCUGCUGGACUGCGGCGCGACGGGGCAGGGCAACGACACGGACGGGCGGGUGUGGACCGGGGAUGCGGGCUCCAAGUACGCUCCCCCUGGCAACCUCGCCUCGGCCGUCCCGGCGGCGACGCAGAACCCCUCGGUGCCGCAGGUGCCCUACCUCACUGCGCGGGUUUCUGCGUCCCCCUUCACCUACUCCUUCCCGCUCGGCCCUGGUCGUAAGUUCCUCAGGCUCCACUUCUACCCGGCCAACUACACAAAUCGCGACGCCGCCGACGCGCUCUUCUCCGUCUCCGUCGCCGGGGGCAAGUUCACUCUCCUCUCCAACUUCAGCGCAUACCAGACCGCCACCGCGCUCAACUUCGACUACCUCGUCCGGGAGUUCUCCGUCAACGUCACCUCCCCGACGCUCGAACUCACCUUCACCCCGGAGAAGGGCCGUCCCAACGCAUACGCGUUCAUCAACGGCAUCGAGGUCGUCUCCUCCCCGGACCUCUUCGACAUCUCCACCCCGAACAUGAUCACUGGGGACGGCAACCCCCAGCCGUUCCCGAUCGAUGCUGGUGCUGCUAUGCAGACCAUGUACCGGUUAAACGUCGGGGGCCAGGCAAUCUCCCCCUCCAGGGACACUGGCGGCUACCGGUCCUGGGACGACGACUCACUGUACAUAUACGGCGCCGGGUUUGGGGUCACCUACCCGAACGAUAGCAACGUCACCAUCACGUACCCGGACAAUGUGCCGCAGUAUGUGGCGCCGGUGGAUGUCUACUCCACUGCGCGCUCAAUGGGGCCGGACAAGAAUGUGAACUUGAACUACAAUCUCACAUGGAUCAUGCAGGUGGAUGCUGGCUUCUUUUACCUUGUCAGGCUGCAUUUCUGUGAGAUACAAAGCCCUAUCACUAAGGCCAAUCAGCGGGUGUUUGACAUUUACAUCAACAAUCAAACAGCCAUGAAGGGUGCUGAUGUGAUUGCAUGGGCAACCAUGGGUGGUGCUACUACUGGUCUUGGCAGUCCGGUGUAUCAGGACUAUGUGGUGAGCACAUUGGGUUCAGGGGCCAUGGAUUUAUGGGUGGCUCUCCAUCCGGAUGUUGACUCAAAGCCACAAAUAUAUGAUGCUAUUCUCAAUGGGAUGGAGGUGUUCAAGCUACAGCUUAGUAAUGGGAGCCUUGUGGGGCUCAAUCCAGUCCCAAGUGUUGAACCAACGGCAGAUGACGGGGCAACUAAGAAGAAAUCAACUGUUGGGCCUAUUGUUGGUGGAGUGGUUGGAGGUUUGGUGGUUCUUGCGCUUGGAUAUUUCUGCUUCUUUGUGAUCUGCAGGCGUAGGAAUGCCGGUAAGGAUGCAGGCAUGAGUGAUGGUCAUUCUGGUUGGCUGCCGCUAUCGCUUUAUGGCAAUUCACACACUUCCAGUUCAGCCAAGUCGCACACUACCGGUAGCUAUGCUUCAUCUUUGCCAUCCAACCUGUGCCGCCAUUUCUCUUUUGCUGAGAUCAAGGCUGCUACAAACAACUUCGAUGAGUCCCUUAUUCUUGGUGUGGGUGGAUUCGGUAAAGUUUAUCGUGGUGAGAUUGAUGGGGGGACAACCAAGGUGGCUAUCAAGCGUGGCAAUCCUUUGUCUGAGCAGGGUGUGCAUGAGUUCCAGACUGAGAUUGAAAUGUUGUCCAAGCUCCGCCACCGUCAUCUUGUGUCGCUAAUUGGUUACUGCGAGGAUAAGAAUGAGAUGAUCCUAGUCUAUGACUACAUGGCUCAUGGAACUCUGCGCGAGCACCUGUAUAAGACCCAGAAUCCGCCACUUACCUGGAGGCAGCGCUUAGAUAUCUGCAUUGGUGCAGCUCGUGGGCUUCACUACCUUCACACUGGUGCAAAGCACACCAUCAUCCACCGUGAUGUGAAGACAACAAACAUCCUCCUGGAUGAGAAUUGGGUCUCUAAGGUUUCUGAUUUUGGCCUGUCCAAGACUGGCCCAUCUAUGGACCACACUCAUGUGAGCACAGUUGUCAAGGGCAGUUUUGGUUACCUUGAUCCUGAAUACUUCCGCAGGCAGCAGCUCACCGAGAAAUCCGAUGUCUACUCAUUUGGUGUUGUGCUGUUUGAGGUCCUCUGUGCACGGCCUGCCUUGAACCCCACGCUUCCAAAAGAAGAAGUUAGCUUGGCGGAGUGGGCAUUGCACUGCCAGAAGAAGGGCAUUCUCGAUCAGAUUGUUGAUCCCUACUUGAAGGGAAAGAUUACUCCACAGUGCUUCAAGAAGUUUGCCGAGACGGCUGAGAAGUGUGUUUCCGAUCAGGGCAUUGACCGACCUUCAAUGGGAGAUGUGCUUUGGAACUUGGAGUUUGCACUUCAAAUGCAGGAAAGCGCAGAGGAGAGUGGAAGCCUUGGUUGUGGGAUGUCAGACGAGGGCACUCCCCUCAUGAUGGUUGGGAAGAAGGAUCCCAAUGACCCGUUGAUCGAAUCAAGCACCACCACAACCACAACCACUUCCAUAAGCAUGGGCGAUCAAAGUGUCGCAAGUGUGGACUCAGAUGGGCUGACGCCCAGCGCUGUCUUCUCACAGAUCAUGAACCCCAAGGGUCGGUGAGGUAAAAACUUGUUCCAUUUGUCACCUCGCAGGCAUAAUUUAUUCGAUCAGCAUAUUUUCAUGAGUUUGUGCUGUUGAUGUUCUCUCAAAGUUACGGACCAGAAGUCAGAGAAUUGUUUCAUAUUAGAUAUUAUACCUUGCCCUGUACUUUUCUCCACUGUUGUAAUGACUAUAUGCUUAUUGGCUUGUAUUGUACCUCCGCUAUUGACCCAGCGAGUAAUACUGCAUGAGAAAUUGAUGUGCACGUACCCUUUUUUUUUU